GGGGAGAGAAAGAGAGAAAGAGAGAGAGAGAGAGAGAGAGAGAAAAAGGGUGGAGAAUUAGCUUCAUUCAUACUGUGAAUCUGUCACAGUAGCAGUGGAUUUCCAUGGAGAAUUUCCAAGAAACUCUCAGAUUGGGAGGAGAAAGAGGAAGGAAAGAUCUGGUUGUAGCUUUUUGAGGGGUCUGUGGAGAGUGAAUUUGGAUCGAUUUUUUGAAACCAUCGAAGCCGUUAUCAGCGGCGGCGCUAGAUGUUAGCAAUAUUAUUAUCAUCAGAGAAAUGGACAAGAGUCGAGACAUGAGGCGUGGGGCGAGUCGGUUCUCGCGACAGAUUAAUAAGCAAUCUGGACACAAGCUCCUCUCUGGUUUAGAUGGUGUUUCUGGGGAGUUUGUAUCUUUGGAGAAAUCGAAGAAAGAGAAAGUUCGGAAAUUGAGUGCUGUUAAUGGUAGAGGAAGUCCGAGCAAGGAAGAGAGUGAAAUGGGUUGUUCUGAUUUAUCCGAUAGAGAAAAUGAGUGUCCCUCCCAUUCGCAGUCUAUCGUCAACAAUGGUACCAGCAAGAGAUUUAAGAUUUCCAAAAAGUUUUUUGAUGACUGCAAUGUCGUGGAUCAUGCCUCUGUUCCACGGAAGCUACGUUCAGCCAUGAAGAAGCGCAAUCGCGAAUCUGUUUCCCCACCUUUACCAGAUACAAAGAGACUGAACCAUACACUUGGAGGGGAAUCUCCUCAAAAGGAUGGUAUAAAUAAGCCUAAACUGAAUUCGAAAGAAAGAGACUCAGAAUGGUCCACGAAACUGUCUGUUUCUGGGCCAAUAACAAAAGAUGAGGAAGAGGUUGUGGAGACCUUGUAUGCUUUGGCAGGAAUGUUCCCUGACAAUGACACUAUUGAUAAGAAUAAAUUAGAUAAUGAAUCUUUGGAAGAAAAACCUUCAGCUCCACCAGAGACAGUGGAAAGUCCUUGUACUUCGACUGAAGUUAAGAAGGAAGCAAGUUCAGCUUGCCCCCCAGAAGCUGUUAAGGCUGUCCUUUCAGUUAAUUUAGAAGUGUCUCCCAAUGAAGCUGUUAAAAUCAACUCUUUGAAUGGAACUAAUACUGAAGAACAGCAUGAUUUGCCUGACAGCAAAACAUUCCACAUGGAACCCAAUAGCUCUAUUCCUCAAGUUAGUCUUAAUGCUUCAAUGUCUUCGUUGUCUAGGACUGAAAGUAGUGAUAGAAAGCCACCAAGCACACCUGGCAGCUUUCAUGGUGUGCCUGAACUAGGCUUGGAAACUGGAUUUAAACUGCCCAAGCAACAGGUCAUCACACCUACUGAGAGGAAACCAGAGAUUGCAUUCAAGGCUACGUCCAUUGAAGUCCAGCUGGGACAAGAAUAUGUGAUCAAGGAGACCAGAAAAAAUGGUGUCGCAUUGUGGCCAGGCUUGUCUUCCUCAGUGCCCCUUUGUGCUGGGAGUCAUGGCCCUUCACAGUCUUCCACUGCAAAGCUUCCAGCUUGGCUGGAUGCUGCAAUGUGUUCCUCCAGGCCUAGUUCAUCACAGAAUGGUACUUCAGCCAGAAAGGUCUCUGAGGUCACCACAUAUAGAAAACCAAUGAGGAGGUGUGCCGCUCAUGUUUAUAUUAGCCGUCUGAUUCAGAGUUUACAGAUGUCAGAAAGCAAAGACAGUGUGGAGUGUAUUGAAUUGAAACAUCAGGAAGGAUUAAAGCAAGCUGUUGUUAUGCCUCCGAAUGAUUUGAAUAGUGUUAGAAAUGGUAUAAAUGGAACUCUAUCUUGUAUCAGUCUUAGUACCAACAGAAAUACAUAUGAAGCUGGAAGUAGUAGUUAUCUUCAGUACAAAAAGUUUCAUCAGGAUCAGCUACAGAUGGUUCAAGCAUCUGGGAUGCACACUUCACUCAAGCAGUAUGAUUUCUUGUCUUUGUUGGCUGGUGGUGGUGGUGAAGAUAUUAAUAGUCGUUCUAAUAAAGCUGGAAAUGCGUUCGAAACAUUGUCACAGCAGAAAGUUCCUUACCUUCAUUCACUUCCUCAACAUGAGUCACUGGCGGCUUUCUCAUUGCCCCAAGCUCAUUCUACCUCCUCUACCUAUUCAGAUCAGCUUUCAGUAGCAGCAGCAUCCAUACAGCAGGGCCCGCUGCAGCUUCCUCCGUAUCUUAGUAGCCCUUUCUUUGGACCUUCUUAUACAAGUCAUCCAGACUUGGGAAAACAACAGGUACAGCUACAGCAACGUCUUUUGGCAGCCCAAUUUGCAGCUCAUUGCAGGGGUAGCGGAACUUCCACAGCCUUGACUCAAUUUCCAAGCUGGAAAAACGGGAAGAAUGUGUCUCCUGCUCCAAUAGCUGGUGUUCAAACCAUAAUUCCCUCUUCUCCUUUGUCAUUAAAUGCACUUGGACCCAAGUACGCCACAGUCCCUCAACAUCAGCAGCCUCUAAUGCCUAUUUCUUCAUCAUUGCCCCCUACAAAGGUGAAAAGGCAAGACCAUCAUCUUCCUCUUAUUUAUGAAGAAAGUGGGGCUGGAUUUCGUGCUGGUGGUGCACUACCAAUGCAGUUACUAUGCAAUGAACGCCUUUGAAGUUGGGAGUAGAAUGGUCCUACAAUUAAUCAAUUAUGUGCUGGCGCCGUAGUCAAUUAAUCAAUUAUGGUAAAAUCCCUGUUCCUGAUAUGGAUGUAAUUGACCAACUUCUUGCCGGUACUCAUGGUACUGGAGAAACUGCAGGUUGGGAGAAAAUUCCUGUAAAAUGUAGAGUUGCUAGAAUACAUUUGAUGAGCUCAUUUCAAUGGCCAUUUCCACCCACUUAUAAUGAAAGAUGCAAGAAAGGUUCAUUUUGUAUAUACUUUGUGAGGGAUUUUCAUCCUUACCUUCUGUUUGUUUCAUUUACCGGGGUGCAUUCUGGUAAUAAAACCGUUUAUAUAGA